ACGACUCUGAUUCUGAUUCAGUCAGUGAGUCGGAUCAUCUCUUGUCAGCGUCAGCAGUCACAUCCAUGCUGUCAGCUACCUUCCUCCUCAGUGCGCCUGCGCAUCCCUCUCCUCUCUCUCCUCUCCUCUCUCUCCUCUCCUCUCUGGUUCUCUACCUGACAGCUCAUCGGAGGACAUGCACACAGCCGAGCCGCGGGCUUCUCACCAGCACAGAUAAAGGGCCGUGCCGGUCUCACCGUACCGGGAGUCUGGUGCUGGAUCCUGGCCGGCUGUUGUCCCCCGAGCAUCCUGCUCCACACGGCGGCAUGGAGCGCUCCUGAUCCCGGCAGGACGCCCGGAGACCUCAGCCAUUCUUCCACCACCUCGUCACCACAUCUUGGAUCUGUUUGGAUAUUUGGAGGCCCGGCCAUGUCUGCGAGAGAGAAGGGGAUCCCGACCAAAGACAGCGUCAGCCUGCUGCCCUGCUUCUAUUUUGUGGAGCUGCCGAUCCUGGUGUCGUCCGUGGUCAGCCUGUACUUCCUGGAGUGGACGGAUGUGUUCAAGCCGGUGAAGUCUGGCUUCAACUGCCAUGACCGCAGCCUGAGCCUUCCCUACAUCGACCCCAACCAUGAAGUCAUCCCCCUCCUGAUGCUGCUCAGCCUGGCCUUCGCCGGUCCUGCCAUCACGAUAAUGAUCGGAGAGGCCAUCCUAUUCUGCUGUCUGUCUCGGAGGAAGAGCGGCGGCGGGGCCGAGGCCAACAUCAACGCCGCUGGCUGCAACUUCAACUCCUUCAUACGCAGAGCCGUUCGCUUCGUUGGCGUCCAUGCUUUCGGUCUCUGUGCCACGGCCCUAAUCACCGACAUCCUCCAACUGAUGACCGGCUACCCAACGCCCUACUUCCUCACUGUGUGUAAACCCAACUACACCACGCUCAACGUCAGCUGUGAGCAGAACCCCUUCGUCAUUGAGGAUAUCUGCUCAGGGGCCGACCCGGCAGCCAUCAUGCAGGGCAGAAAAUCCUUCCCGUCGCAGCACGCUACCCUCGCAUCCUUCGCCGCUGUCUAUGUUUCGAUGUACUUCAACAGCACUUUGACGGACUCAUCCAAGCUGCUCAAGCCACUACUGGUCUUCUCCUUCAUUAUCUGUGCCAUAAUUUGUGGUCUGACCCGGAUUAUUCAGUACAAGAACCACGCCAUCGACGUCUACCUGGGCUUCCUACUUGGCGGAGCCAUUGCUGUCUACCUGGGGUUGUAUGCAGUUGGAAACUUUCAGCCUAGUGAGGAGGCCAGUGCCAGUCCCCCUCCAGUACUACACCGUCCCCCCUGCUCCUUGCCCCACAUAAGCCAGGAGGCAGUACUCCACCACCUGCAAAUGAAAGCCAGCAUGGCCGGGGAGCCUGGCAUACACACCUCCCACUCUGAGGGCCUCCUCCACCGAGGCCUUCAACAGCAGAGGUCUGACGACAGUCUGAAGCGUUCCAGUGCCGAUGUUGAAGUGAUCUCCCCCCGCAGCCCCCCGAGCAAAGACGCCAUGAUGACCUUUAGCCACACCCUUCCUCGGGUCCACACCCCCCAGGCCAUGGCAGCGUAUGAGGAAGCAGCCAGACGUCACGCUGCCACCCUCCACCAUGCCUCCAUGGACUCCAGCCGCUCGAAGCAGCUUCUGUCUCAAUGGAAAAGUAAGAACAACAACCACAAAUGCUCCCUGCAGGUCCCAGAAUCCUUCUCCUCCUCUGUAGAUUCGUCAUCUGGCCAUUCCUCCCAGCAUCCGCACCACCACGGCAGUAUGGAGCUCCGAUCCAGCUCUGAUCCAGCGGCUAUGGGCCUGAAUGGGGGCUUUGAUGGUCAUGCAUACAUGUCCAAACUGGCCACAGGUGCUAGUACCACCCUACCCAGUAAUUGUAGUGGCAUCACCGGAGGGGCCAGGAUAUCCAUGCAAUCUAGACCUGGGUCUUCACAGCUUGUCCACAUACCAGAGGAAGCUCAUGAGAAUUACAACAACGCCUCCCCGAGGACGGGGGGAGGAGGAGGAGGAAUUGAGGGGAUGUCGACAAUAAAUAGCACCGUUCAGGCAAACUGGCAAAGGGCAGCAGAGAAGACUACAGCCUGCAGGACUUACGAUAAUGGGCAGAACACCCAGCCGCGGAUCAUGCAAGUGAUAGCUAUGUCCAAGCAGCAGGGUCUAUUACAGACCCAUUCUAAGAGCUUAGAUGAGAGCAGCAUAGGCUGCAGCACCACCGGGAGUUGCCAGGGCUCUGCUCGCUACAGGGUGCUCACUGAUCAAGACCCCUUUAGCACCACAGGGCCCAGCUCACUGGGUAGCACCACGGGCAGUAUUUCAGGGAGUACCGGAGCAAUUGUCAGAGUAGAGGCCCACCCUGAAGCCAACAAGCCGCCGGUGAUCCAAGCUCCGUCCACAGAUGGAUCAUGGAGGUGGCGGUCCCUGGAUCAUGGCACUGGAGCUGGUGGAGGUACAGUGACUAGUGAAGCAGGAGGAGGAUCAGGAGGAGGAGGAGGUGGGAGCUUGAGGCAGUCCUUUGAGCUCAACGAUCUAAACAGAGACUCAGAAAGCUCAGACUCGAUACGCGAAGGGUCCAUUGACAGGAAGCGUGGCAAUCACAUCGUCACCACCGCUGCCACCGUUAGCACCCCACCCAUAGUUACUGUUCACACCCAGAACACCAGCCAGUCAGAGCACAGGCUCCAGCCCCAGGGCCUCUCUACCAUAAGGGUCACUCCGGGGGAUGGUAGUGGUUCUGGAUCUGGAGGAGGUGGUGGCAGAGGAGGAGGUGGAGAGAGCGCUUCAGAAACCCCCUCCGUCGCCUCCAGUCGCGAGUCCACACUGCGGAGAAAAGGCAAUAAUGUCAUCCUGAUUCCAGAGCGAGCCAACAGCCCCGAUAACGCCCGGAACAUUUUCUACAAGGGAACGUCGAUUACUCCUGUUUUCAAGGACUAACCUACGAAAUGAGAAGACGUAGCUAAUAAUGCAAGAUUUUCAGAGAACCCCAUAUCUGUGACAAGUCAGUAUUAACUGCCAUUGUGUAUAUCAUAAUAACUUCAAAAAGAAAAGGUUUUAUUCAGCAUGAGAUUUUUGUACGUGUUUACACUAAAUCACAACCUUUUAAGUGUUGUAGAAAUAAUCACUGUGUACUUUUGUGGUCACUCCUAAGGAAACCUAUUGUAAUGUCGAUGCUGUGCCAGUGCUUUGGGGACAGGAGAACCUUUUUUAAACAGUGUUUUGGAUAUAAAUCAUGAGAAAAAAAAAGACAGUAGCACAGUAAAGUUGUAGCAAACUACAGCAAAAUAAUUGUACCAUAGCUGUAGAACCAGUGUUUACUUCCCUGCACUGUAAAUACUGUGUAUGUUUGAAAAGGGUGCUACACCACAAAAUACUAUUUACUAUACAACAUACUGUACAAUUUGAAUAGAUAAAGAAUGACUUAUUUUAGAGUGAGCAACAAUGACAUUAAUAUGUGACAGAGAUAUGUUUUGUAUUUUGUCUCUUUUCUGUACAGAUACCACAUACUCAACAGAAUACUGUUUUGAACCAUAAGUGUGCUUAGCAUUCCUUCUGUAGCUAUGAAGUCAAUUAUGCUGUGACUUGCACUGAAAUAUGCGUUUACUGUACCUUGUAUAUUGUAAACCCUGACCUUAUCUUUAUAUCCUGUACUUACAUUUGGAUGUCCAUGCCAAUCCCAUAUCUACAGCACAAAAAGGUGGAAUAUCAUGCUUAUUUAGACCAUAAGAUUAUUAGUAUAUUUCCAAAACUCAAUGCAAGGCUUGACCUCAAGCCACUCAACUGAAUUUAGCAGGUUUCAAUCUGCUUCAAAAAAAGUAUUUGUAGCUUUCAAAUGAACAUCUUGAGAAAUAUACUUACUGCUGCCAAACCCACAACCAAAUGCUGACAUGAACAGAAUCACAAAGGUGGGGUAGUUAUUUUGGGGGGGGGGGGUUCCCAAAAUGAAAGGUGACUGGUAGUUGGAGCACUUCCAAGGCUUGUGUGGGCAUGAAACUGAAAAAUACCAAACCAAAAGAAAAAACAUGAUUUAUCAGAAACAGAGCUGAAAUAAUUCAAAGUGACGGCCAUAACAUACUGUACACUUAUAGCAUUGUCACAGUAUACUGUAUGUAUGGGAGCCUCCCAUGUGCCUGGUCUCCUAAAAAUCGUACAAUGAAACUGCAUUGUGAAUUACUUUUCGAGAGAAAU